CCUCAGGCUGCGUUUCCUCUGUCGUGCAUCUCUGCCACCAUUCCGUCGUGAGAACGUUGGAGGAUUACAGGAGUGCACCGGGAUGUAUCCUUUGCCAUGUCGUCCCUCACUUUCUCUCUAUUCUCCUCGCCUACAUUAAUCUUCCUAUUGGCCUUCCUUCUUCGCACUGUUCUCCUAGUUUACGGGAUCUACCAGGACUCGGUCUCAGCGCUAAAGUACACAGACAUUGACUACUAUGUCUUUACCGACGCGGCUCGAGCAGUCUCGAGAGGGUCAUCUCCGUACGAUCGCGCCACGUAUCGGUACACGCCCUUGCUUGCCUGGAUCUUGUUACCGACGAGCUGGGGUGGUCUAUGGUUCAACUCCGGCAAGGCGCUGUUUGCUGUAUCCGACUUGGUUGCUGGGGGACUCAUAAUGAUACUGUUAAAGAGGAGGGGUCUACAAGAACACAAAGCUUUGAGAUAUGCAUGCGUGUGGCUGCUCAACCCUAUGGUCGCGAAUAUCAGUACUCGUGGAAGCAGUGAAGGCUUUCUCUGCGUUCUUGUCAUGGCACUUCUUUGGGCGUUUGAGACGAGACAAAUUGCACUGGCAGGAGCCCUGUUGGGCCUGAGUGUUCAUUUCAAGAUAUACCCUUUCAUCUACGGAGUCAGCAUGUUAUGGGCCUUGGAGUCCAAUACCGCCCGUUCCUCCUCGAAUACGAUGCUUCAGAACGCAUUGCGAUUCCUCAAUGCUGACCGCAUCCUGCUUGUAUCAACAUCACUUCUUACUUUCAUCGCGCUGAACGUCCUCAUGUACAACAUCUAUGGUGCUCCAUUCCUUCAACACACCUUCUUCCACCACGUUACGCGCAUUGACCAUCGGCACAAUUUCUCGCCCUACAACACGUUAUUAUACCUCUCCUCGGCGCAAAAAGCGAACAAGGCAGUCCAUGGUCUGGCCUCAUCUUUCUCCUUCGAGGCGCUUGCCUUCGUCCCACAGCUACUAUUGUCCACGAUCUUGAUUCCACUUGCAAUCGCGAAGGAAGACUUGCCACGUACUCUACUUGCGCAAACCCUGGCCUUUGUUACCUUCAACAAGGUCUGCACGUCUCAAUACUUCCUGUGGUACCUCAUCUUCCUCCCACUGUACCUUCCGAACUCAUCGCUGAUUGCACAAACACGACUGGGCGCAACAGCGUUGGCACUUUGGUUGUUGGGUCAAGCGGUGUGGUUACAGCAAGGCUACGAUCUUGAAUUUCUGGGCAAAAGCACGUUCGUGCCUGGUUUGUUUGCAUCCAGCCUGGCGUUCUUCGUUAUCAAUUGCUGGAUUCUGGGUAUAAUUGUGGCGGACGUGACCAACACAUCGGCGGGCACUCGUACAGACAUUGCAACACUGUCGCAGCCAUCGAAAUCAGAUCGCGUGUUGGUGAUGCCGACCGCAAAUGACAGGGCCAGCACGAGCUCUGAGGACAAGGGCAAGACUUCAGAAGGCAGAUCGCGGGGAAAAAGCAUAGUUGACAUGAACCACAUCUCCAAUGUACAUCUAGGGCCAAGAAACCGGGUGCUCAAGAGCAGUUGAUGUGUUGAAAUGGUUUUCAAGGAUGGUGGAGCCGAGUUCGACUCGCUCGUGGGGUGUGCCAGGAUUGACUUCUAUCCUGCUCGAAGGCGUGUACUAUAUGAGCGAUAGAAAGAAGAGACACCCUUCAAGUGCACACAAAACUUGUGAAACUAGUAGACAUAAGAAACCGAAAGAAGGCCUUUAUGGCCACCCGUACCUACGUAGGUAGCCUUGGUAGGUAGGUGGUGACAACCCCAUACGAAGAACAGUAAAUCCCACGCUAAAAGCGGCAUG